CGAAGUGUGAUUCUUUUUUUUUUUUCAUGAUGUCCAACAUCAUGCUCACUUGCACUUCCAAAUUGAAUCAUUCAACCUCCACAAACUCCUUCCUUCAACUGUUCAACAGUUGGAAUUACAAAAUUUUCAGUUCUGUGAAGUUGAACUGAAAAUUUCUCCGGAAAUCAAUAAUUUGUAGGUGAAAUUUACUAACUUUCUAUGGUUUUUCAGUUCACCAAUGAGUGCUCUCAACUGGGUAGUUCACUGAUCAAGCAAUAAAUAUCCUAUGUGUUUUCAUACCAUAUUUACUGAUUAUAUGAAGCUUUUGAAACAUGGGUUUUAGAAAAGUUCGAGGCUUUACUAUGAGGAAUUGCUGCAGUGGGAAAUCAGGGGUGCUGUAGUUUUGCCACUGCAAUUUCUGAUAUGGGUUUUCCUCACUAGCUGCUUUUACUUUUAACUCGGUUAUUGGUAGAGUUGCAAAGACAGCCAUGGAAGCUGCAUUCUCUGAUGUUAAUGCAGAUCCAAGAAUACUCAGUGGGACGGAGCUGAGGUUGCUUAUGGAGAAUACAAAUUCUAGCGUGUUCUUGGGAUCCGUUGAAGUUUUUCAGGUGCUUGACAAAAGUAUAGUAGCCAUAAUCGGACCACAGACCUCUUCAAUGGCUCAUAUGAUCUCUGAAAUUGCUAAUGGUCUCCAAGUACCUCUUAUCUCAUAUACCGCAACUGAUCCUACUCUUUCUGCUCUCCAAUUCCCAUUCUUUCUCCGAACUACACAAGGCGAUGCUCACCAAAUGGCUGCUAUGGCUGGUUUGAUUGAUUUUUACGGGUGGAAAGAGGUUAUUGCUGUCUUUGUGGAUGACGAUUAUGGGAGGAAUGGAAUAUCUGCUUUACAUGAUGGACUUGACAAAACAACGUCAAGGAUUUCUCAUAACUUGACUUUGCCUGUCCAAUAUAAUUUAAAUGACAUUGCUGAUUUGCUCAAUAAAUCCAGAUUUCUUGGCCCUCGUGUCUAUAUUGUUCAUGUUGAUCCCGAUCCUAGGUCGAGAAUCUUUACUGUCGCCAAAGAACUUCAUAUGAUGACAAGCAAUUAUGUGUGGUUUGCAACAGAUUGGCCUUCUACCACAGUAGAUUCAUUCUCUCCAAUGAACCGAACUUCACUCACUGCCCUUCAAGGUGUAGUUACUUUACGUAAGCAUUGUUGAAAUGUAAUCUUGUCUUGGCCCAGGACAAUUGAUCCGGCCCAUACACAAAGAAAGAUCCAUGCACAUGUUAGAGAAUUUUAGCAAAGUUCAAGUUGGUGGAAGAGUCUAGAAGAAUGGUGAGGAUUCCACCAACAUACAAGAUUAAUGUAGAUAAUUCUAGCAUGAUGCUUCCAUGUUUCUCCAAGGUUCUAUCCAUGCCUAUAAAAGGAGAAGACAUCCACACCAUUUGAAACAAACCAAGAGAGCAAGUAGUGAGAAGUGAGA